CCCUCAUGUUGGCACGGUAAUAAGCAUUAUAAGGCGGUCUGCCGGAGCUCAGUCCGUGGGAGGGGUCUGCCAAACCUUUCCCUCUAAUUGACCAGGGAGCAGAAGCAGCCGGUGAUGCGAGCAGCCACAGACGGGGAGAGAGAGACGGACGCAUGGGCUUGUCAAGACGGGAAAGACAGCCCCAUGCUCUAAUGGCUGAUCUCGAACUGUUUUACUUUGAUCACUCCGAUCCGACAGACACCUCCCUGGUUUUGAAUAAGCCAAGUGUUGUCAACGAGAUCAGCGGCGGGAAGUCACUUGAGCCCGGCGGAGGAGAUGGUUCAGCACCAUGGACAGAGACCCGGAGAGCUGCGCGGCCGGAGGAGGAAACGGAAACAUCUUUCACCUGCCAACACCAAGGGGAUGAUGAAGAUGAUGAUGAUGUCCAGCUGAUAGGGACAAGUCCACAAACCUGCAGACUGAGUCAGAGCUCCUCAAGUGAACUGUACGAGGAGGAGGACAUCCAGGAACUUUACUUGCUGUCCGACGACGACCUCUCCUCUGACGGCUCGGGGAAGUCUGUGGAUUACGGCUUCAUCAUCGCCGUGACAUGCCUGGUGACUGGCAUCUCUUUGGUCGCCAUAUCCUACACGGUCCCCAGGGACGUCCGGGUGGACCCGGACAGCGUGUCCGCCCGGGAGAUGGAGCGGCUGGAGAGGGAGAAAGCCAGGGUGGGGGCCCAUCUGGACCGGUGUGUCAUAGCGGGACUGUGCCUGCUCACCCUCGGGGGCGUGCUGCUCUCCACCCUGCUCAUGAUUUCCAUGUGGAAGGGGGAGAUGAUGAGGAGGAAAGCCUUUGCUUAUUCCAAACACGCAGCAAAGUUGUACGGCUCGAUCAAUUUGAGAGCAGGCUCCAGUCCGACUCGGGAGUCCUGCUCACAUUUGUCAGUGGCUGAUGAGGAUUUAGAAGUGCUGAGCUGAAUUUAUGGACAGGACAAGCGGAAAAGACUCAGAAAAGUGCUUAAGAAAUCCAACGAGUUCUGUCCUUUGAUCGGGGAUGCAGUGGGGGUUUAAUGCCGUUUUGUUUCUAACAGCUGAGGCUACGUUUUUUUUAGUUGAUAUGGACACUUAAAAAAAAGAAUUCACAUUUUUUUCAAGUCUGUCUUAAUACAAUACUCACAUGCCCUUAUGUACACAGACAUAAUUUGUGUUUGCUGUAACUGAUCCUUUUGUCCAUAGUGUCCCUGAACAGAUCCAGUCCUAAUCUAAUUUCAGUUCAUCUGAAGCUAACAUGAGGGUUUAGAAGUUGGAUUUGCAGGAGUUCAGACCAAAAACAGACCUGUAAUAAAUCAACACAAGUGGCUUUGUUGGUGAGAGUGAUUUGUUUCAGGUACCAGUUAGACAAUGAAAUACAAUGCAAGAAGUCCAGACUGUGUAACAGAUCCAAGAAUGUGAAGGCUUAUCAGAUACCAAAACCCUGCAGAGAAGUUUAUAAUACUCUGAGACAGGAUUAUACAACUCUGGAAAGUUCUCAGAGUUUUAUUUAAUUUUGUGUUGUGCUGUUCCCGAGGUAACAGUUGAAAGGUCACGUGUUCUUUUCAUGCAGGGCAUAAAUCGGUCUGAAUGCAGCCUUUGUCAUAUCUAGUGGGUAUCUUUCAGUCUUUUUAGUACAAAGUUUAGUAGCCUACAGACACCAUCUGGGAAAACACAAGGAGUGCAUUUUGUACUAAAAAGACUGUAAUUUUUAAAAGAUACCAACUUGAUUUCACUAACUCAGACUAUGAAAGCUUAAUACUUUUAGAUAAACUUUGAAAUAUGUUAUUUACACAAAAAGAUGACUGUGGAUGUUGUCCCCAAUCACUAACAUUGGAAUUGACCUCCUCACAGUCAGCAUGAACAAGAGAAACUAUUACAGCAACCAAUAACUCUUUGUGGUACAUAUUAGUAUUGUAUUAAUAUAUUUCAUAUAUGAUUUUAAUCUAUACAUUAAGUUUGAAGUAAACCAUACAUAAUGUAUGGUUUUCAUGUAUGGGUGAGCUGUACAACAUUAUUAGAAGUUUUUUUAAAGGUAAAACAUGAAAUAUGUUUUUCUGAAAUAUAUAUUUUGUUCACAAUGGUUGGUGAUGGUUUGCCUUAUGAUGAUCUCUGACACACCUUUUUGUUUACCAUUGCAUCACUGUUUUUAAUGCUGUUGCUGUUGCAGUGUAUUCGUGUUGACAUGCCAGUGCAGACUUGUAUGUUUGAAGUCCUGUCUGUAGCUGCAAGGGGAAUCAAACCUGAAUCAGGAGCAAUGUCAUUGCUACUGCCUUCAUUUUCCAGCUUUGUCAGAAACAGCACUUCACUGAAAUGCUACUAACAAAGCUGUGCAGAUGUAGUUUACAAAAAAUUUACAAUUGCAUGGAUUCGUGUUGAACUCCAAAGAAAUUCUGUUAAUGUAAUUGUGACAUGCUGAAGAAAUGCUUGUGUUUGCUUGUUGAAAUGCAAAUAGUAAUACCACAGGAGGUGUAAUUAGAUUUUGUGGUUGAGUACCGAUGUUGGGGAAGCUCAGUUUACGCCAAAUACACUUGGGGGUUUUGACUGCAGAUGUUCAAAAGCAUACAGAGAGAGAGAGUGAGAGACAGAGAGAGAAUCAACAAACCCCUGGGGGAAAGCUCUCUUGGUAAUUGGUGUUAUACUUAAUUAUUUGUGGGAGGCCUGUGAAUCAGUGAAAAAAAGAAAGCAUUUUAGCAAUUGCCUCAAUCAAACUCGAUUGACUUGCUUAUCAGAAAACCAAAUCAUUUCAGCUGCAAAACUGGAGUAAAAUGUUACAUUGCAUUCAAGGGGAAGGAAGUAAAUGGAUUGCGUGCUCUGACAGAAGAUGCUGUGAAUGAACUAUUGUAUCUUCUUCUUACGGUGUGCAGAAUGCUGUGCUGCGUAAGCCUCUGUAAUUGAAAGUGCUUAAGGCCAGCAGGAUCACAUUAUCCUCCACACCACCUUCGCUCACUCUCGCCUCGUUAAUGUAAUUAAAUAGCCGGAAUCAUCUGACCUCUUAAUGAAAUAUUAAGUUGCUAUCCAAUGCUUAUCUGUCCUUGUUUACUGUCAAGGAACAACAGUUGACAUGAACAUCACAGGUGUCAGGUGUUUUCCUCUGCUUAUAUGAAAGAAAAAGUUAUGUUGUGCUAAAGUGAUGAGAAUUACCCACUUCUCUUCAAUCUGACUCAUCUGCUUCAGUUGGUGAUUCCUUACACCUACCAGAUUGAUUUUUUUCCGACAGUCAUCAGAGAGACCAGCUGGAAGCUUGUUGCAUUAAGUAUGCAGGAUUGAAGAGAAGUGGUAUAGCAUAGUAAAAGCGAGAGAGUGACUAACAUGAAAGUCAGCCUUCUAACUCAAAACUCAAUCUGCAAUGCACUCUGGAGGCUACCGUCUGUGGGGAUACCAGUCUUCCUAGCCCUUGUGGUGCAUUCAUGUACUCCUCAAAUGGUCCCAUUUCCCGAGGUCGGAAGUCAUUCUGUAAUGUAGAAACAACAUGAACACUACAAAGAUGAUGUGUUGUAUUUUAUUGCUCAGAGCUGCACCAGUCCAUUCCCGCAAACCACUAAAAUAUUGCUUUACCUGUCUUGUUAUUAGGGUUAAUGCUAAUAAAUAACUUUUCUAAAUAAUCUAGGUCACCGUCAUCUGAACGGCUACAACCUAAGCAAAAAAUAAUAAUUAUAUGCAAACGUGAAUUAAUAAAACUUUUUUAUUUUUACCAAUCGACCCAACAUUUACUUUUGUCUGCUAUGUUUCUGCGUAAGAUAAACGUCAACUCAGCAAGUCAAACCAAUUUUUCUGAUUAUUCCGACACCACAUAAUGCAGCAUUGUUCAGAUGUCUCCCAGUUCAUGUAAUUUCAAAAAUCAGUCUAGAGAGCAAAUAUUACUCUUCCUUUCUAAUGGAUUGACAACACAACAUUUGACAUCUACCGCUAAGGAGUUAGAUAAUUGGAGAUUUGUCUGUAAAUAUGGUGAAAAUGUGUAGUUCUGUCAUCACAUUGUCUAUGUUUAUGGGAAUUGGAAAUAGGAAGUCAAAACAAUGGCCCUGGAAAUAAAAUAAUGACUUUUUCAACAACAUAAAUUAGCUUUAAGGUCUUGUGCUGAGACUAUUUUGUCAGCUACUGUUUCCAAGUUCAAUAAUCAACUUUUAAUCUUAACCAAAAAACUUGUUUUCUAAUUGAAAUGACAAACAAGGCUACAAUGAGAACAAAAGUCCUUAUUUAUAAAAUAAUGGUAGUUUAAAACUCAGCUAAUCUGCUUUGUUGCACCAGAUUUUCAUAAAUCCAUCACUAAAUUUGUGUGUAAAGUCUCUUCUAACUAACCCCCUAACCCUAAUCCAACAGCUUUUAACAGAUUCAGAUUAUUUUUUUUUUAUGUUGUUAAAUUCAAAGCACAAAUACAGACCUUUUCUCAUGCGAAACAACCAUUCUGGGCCUGACUUUGACAGAUAGCAGUGUGUUCAUGUCAGGCCUCAUCGCUUGUAGUUGAUUGAGAAGAAAAAGAUGAGGUGAGGAUGAGAUGGGUUUUAUUACAUUAUUAGUGAUCUAAAGGGCCUGGGACACUGCAGCAGCUUUAAUUGGUAUCUGUUUUUGUUCUGCCAGGGGACUCUCCCAGACACCAAAUGAAACCUGUAAUAAAAAACAACACAUGCACACAUGCACACACGCACGCGCGCACACACACACACACACACACACGCACACACACACACUGCCGAAGCACCAAACAGAAUCCCACGCACACAAGCACACUGAAUCGCUCGGGCUUUUGCAGAAAUUGUGCUUCUCUUGCAAAAACACACCCUGACAGACGGACAGACACACACUCAAACACUCUCUCAGCUGACACACACACAUACACACACCCACACACACACAGACACAGACACACACACACACACAGACACACACAGACACACACACACUCAUAGCCAGCGCGCGCCCCGCCCCCUCUUCCGUGAAUGGAGUUAGUCAGAGUAAUCAUUCAGGGCAGCUGGCAGCAGGAAAUGGAAUUGGAUUGCUGAAGGGGUCACUCAGGGUCAAGAGCUUGGGUGUGGUUGUGGACACUGGGGACCAGGAAGAAGAAAAGCCUUUGUGGCGGUGCUUUCCAUCAGCGUCUGGCAGCCACUUAUCAUCAGCUUGUCAUAACUCAUCACACUGAGCAAGAGAGAGCUGCAGUGCACAGAAAACGUCCAUCACGUCCGUCUUGGCUUGAUAAAUCAGGAGUAAGAUCAUGCCUCCGGGUCUGAAAUGCCUCUCUUGAACUAUUGCCUUAAGUUAAUGACUUAGUCAAUAAUGUUUCUUGUUACUCCGAUUGUUGCAUAGCAACGGCAGGCAGUCUCAGUCACAGCUCAGAGAGAGAGAAGAGAUUGCCGAGGAGAGUUUCAGCUAGACGGAGAAAAAAGGAGGGGAAGUAGAGGAACAAGCUGGAAAUAAAAUCACCAUCCACAUCAUUUAUCAGCUUUAUGCAUUCAGCUCAGAGGUUUUAAACCCCCAAAUCCUGCACAAACUGACGUUCCCCUUUCAAGCUGUCUUUCAGUUUUCAGAGCUGAAAGCCGUUGGGGCGGAUAUACCUGUAGGCUGCAUUUUAACUUGGAACUCUGGGUGAGGAAGAAAAGUCAACUACUUGGAGGUAUUCACUGAUCAGUUUCAGUUUAAAAGCUGAAUCGUUGUUGAACUUGCUGCAACCCCUUGACUCAAUGUACCACUGAGACUGAGAGGAGAUGUGAACUGUCCUGUAUAGGUGCAGGAAUCCUACUCCAGACUCACAGUUAUUAUCUGCUAGUAUCGUCCUUUCCUUUGUUUGUGGUGAUUAAGUGAACCACCUGCUGUAGUUCGAGCUGCGCCCACAUACACAUGUGCCAUUUUCUAUUUUUUUUUUUUUCUUUUUUUUUGCCAUAGUUGUCCUGGAAGAAAUGCAGAAGGGACACCAUAACCAUAGAAACGGGGUCAGCCUGUUGCCACGGUAGCUCAGUGUAAGGGAGUUAAAGAUGCUCUUCUUUUGAUUUGCCACUCUGUAAUGGCAGCUGUGGCAGUGUGUGGAAUCUGACACAUUCCCUCUGAUUAUCUGCAGUAAAAAAAGAGGCUUCUUGAACUACACGCCUCAUUUGAGCAGACGUGUCAGGUGGUGUCACCCUUUGCUUGCUGUCAAAUAUCUUCAGAAAUGUAAGAAAAGGCAGGAAAUACUUCCUCUGCAAACCUGCACUCUGUUUAGAUCUAACAUGAAGCCGGAGCCUGGAUUGCUGAAUAGACGACUUAUAGUUGCAUUUCACUGUAGCACAGCAUUUUCAACUAUAGGUUGUUUUUUAUACAUACAGACAUAAUCGACCUGGGUCAGCACUCUACUAAAAAGGAGAAAACUGCACAGAGAGUCACUCACCUUCUUAUCCUUCAUUUUUAUUGUACUCUGAUGUGCUUUUUGUAUUUUAUUGGCUUGGUUGUGUGUCACUCUCCUCUCUGGGGGGGUGUAGGGUAGAAUUAAAGUCUGAUCCUGUGUUAAAAAUGGUUUUUGUGGUUGUUUGCAUUAAAAAUAACUAAAUAAACAAUAAUAAUAAAAAAGGAAAUGAAGCCAA